GUAAAGGGUGCCAAAAAUAUCCGAGCUGGAGAGCCCAUGCAGCGCGCUCCCGAUGACUCUGAGGCAUGUGACUGCGCGUUCCCGUCCGCAGGCAGAUGCGGCGAAAGCAAGCGCGAGAUGAAACGGCGUAGCAUCCGUGCAACUUAAUUCAACUUCAGCACUUGGACGCUAUAACUUUGCUGGACGGACUCUUUUGCACAUUUACAGGUUUUUGACGCGAUUAGAGUGAACGUGGGGUUUUCAACAUGGAUACAGUCGCACCUGGGAAAAAAAGGAAGCAGUUGGUACUGGUCAGUGAGAGGGAGAAAGAGAACAGGUGACUGACAGAAAGCUUAUUGGUUUAUUAUUGCAUGCUGAGGGUACAGCAAGAACCGCGGAGGGGUCUGUGAUCACGCUAAAGACUCCAUCUGUCCGCACUACACUGGCUCAGCACAUCUGAGAUGUGUGAAGGUCUACAUCAUUACUUCAACAUCCAGAGCAGAAGGGCAUGCUGAUGAUUUGUUGUACGGGUGAGUUCAGAGCGAAGAAAGGAGAAAUCUCGGGAUGCUGCACGUUGUCGGAGAGGAAAAGAGUCUGAGGUGUUUUAUGAGCUGGCCAAAGAACUGCCCCUGCCCCACAGCAUCACCUCCAACCUGGACAAAGCAUCAGUCAUAAGGCUCGCGCUCAGCUACUUUCGCUUGCGUAAACUGGUGGACACAGGUGGGCAAAUCUACGUCAAAUUCCUGUGUACUGGGUGUGGAGACUGAAUUGGACUGUCAGUGGAACAGUACAUUUCUUAAAGCUUUGGAUGGGUUUCUCAUGGUUCUGUCUGUUGAUGGUGACAUGGUGUAUCUGUCAGAGACUGUGAGCAAGUGCCUGGGUCUUCCUCAGAUUGACCUUAUUGGACACAGUGUGUUUGAAUUUAGUCAUCCAUGUGAUCAUGAAGAACUCAGAGAAAUGCUAGCACACAGAAUAGGCAUAUUGAAGAAAGGGAAGGAGCAGCACACAGACAGAAAUUUUCUCUUGAGGAUGAAAUGUACACUAACCAGCAGAGGGCGCACUGUCAACAUCAAAUCUGCCUCCUGGAAGGUUCUGCGUUGUUCGGGCCAUAUCCACACAGUUGACGCCAUCGAGAAUGAUGAGUGUGAGGAAGAAAGGGUGUGUUCGACAUACCUGGUGGUAAUCUGUGAGUCUAUUCCCCAUCCGGGCAACAUUGAAGCACCACUGGAUUCUAGAACGUUCCUCAGCCGGCACACUUUAGAUAUGCGCUUCACCUACUGUGAUGAAAGGAUCAGAGAGUUGUUGGGUUUUGAUCCAAGGGAUUUGCUGCAGCAUUCUGUAUACGAGUACUAUCACGCCCUGGAUUCUGACCAUAUGACCAAAACGCAUCACAAUCUGUUUGUGAAGGGACAGGUAUGUACCGGGCAAUACCGUAUGCUGGCUAAAGCAGGAGGCUUUGUCUGGGCUGAAACUCAGGCCACUGUUAUUUACAACAGUAAAAACUCCCAGCCACAGUGCGUGGUCUGUGUCAACUACAUCCUCAGUGGCAUUGAACAGCCUAAAGAAAUCCUUUCACUCCAACAAAUCAACAGCACAAAAGUAAAACAGGAAAAGGAGGACGACAACGAGGAAGCCCUCAGGGCUGAAGUGACCAUGAUGGCAUUUAAAAAGGAAAGUAAGGAGGGUGAUGAGAAGAAAAAAUGUUUGCUAGAUGAGGAUCUGCAACCUGCAGUGCUACAUGAUAACCUGAAGGGGGUGCCAGAUGAGCUUACAGUCGUAGACCCCCCAACAGCAAACGCUGUGCUCACUCUGGAUAUCAACACCCAAGACUCUGCCAUCAGUGUGCUGAAAGACAUUCCUCUCUACAAUGAUGUCAUGUUACCCUCAUCCAGUGUCUUGUUGCCCCUCUCACCGCUCUCUCUACAUACUGAUGCACUGUGUUCAACCUUAAAUGAUUCUGACACCUCCACCUCCCAACUAGAGCCUGAUGGCUUCCCUGUCUCACAAUCAUCUGAUCUGUCUUUGGAUUCAGAAUAUAGUGACCAGCAAAAAUCAGAUCAGGUGAAUAGACUGUUUUCCAUGGAUUUGGAGCCUAAGACAUCAUUCAAUGUACAGCCAGUGGGUUUGGAUCUGGAGAUGUUGGCACCAUACAUUCCAAUGGAUGAUGACUUCCAGCUGCGGACUCCAUCCGAGUCGAUCUGUUCCAGCCCGUGUUCAGGUCUCGAAAUGCCUCCCUCCAAUAGCACACAAACUGCCCCAUCGGUCCAAGUGACCCCUUUAGAGUCAGCGUGCUGUGACACAGCUCAGCAGAACACCAAGCUGAUCGACGACAGAGUAAUUAUUCAAGACAAUGGUAUUUCGUCUAAAUGUCAGACCGGCCCAAAGCUUCUCAAGAGGAAAUUUGAGGCCAUUACUCUUUCUGAAGCAAUAAGGCUGGGGUCUGUGGUGCAGGUUGUGGCUGAAAUACCUGAGAAAAGGAUCAAAACAUCAGACGCUUCAUCAUCAGAAGGGCUCCGUCACACUACAAUACUGUUGCUGCCAUCUGAUGUUGCUAGUAGGUUAUUGAGCAGAUCAUCAGAUGGUGGGGCAUUAUCCCUCCCCCAGCUUACCCGUUACGACUGCGACGUUAACGUACCCGUAACUGGACGGCAACACCUGCUACAGGGGGAGGAGCUACUGUGUGCCUUGGACCUAGUUAUCUGAAUAGCCAUAUUUCUGUGUAUGCGAUACACUAUAACAUUAAUCACAAGUUUAUGUUUCUCAUAGACCAAAUUUAACUUUCUCCCAUGAUGCAGGAGAUAUCAGUGGCAUUAUGGAUUGUUGUCCGUUAUCAAGACAGUGAUGAGCAAUCAGACCGCUGGGAUGAUUUUUGCUUAGAUAGAAAAACGUGCUGGACAUCAAUAAGCAAAAGACUUCUAGCAUAUUAAUUAUUAAGGAAGCAGGGAAGACUUCUAAAGCAAAUAUGAGCUGCGCUCUUAUAGGUUAGAGCAAAACGCACAGAAAAGAGAAUAUAUAUUGUAUUCUAUAUAUAUAAGAUAUAUUGUAUCGUCACACGUCUUUGCGCACAAAUGACAUGAAUUACCAGCAGCUUCUUGAGAAAAUGUUAUUUUAUUAGCACUGCUGUUUUUGUAAUUGAUUUCAGGAAUGUCUAAAUGUUUCUUGUUUGUUUGUUCAGGGUUUUGUGUGUCUUAUAUAAAAACGUACAUAUAUUUGUGUGUGUGUGUGUGUGUGUGUGUGUAUAUAUGUUGUGAAUUGUCUAAAGUGACUUUUAUUUUAAUCUGUUCGAAAUAUAGAGACAGAAGUAGCUUUUGAGGGAGUGACUCAAAGAGAAAUGAACUUGAUGUUGACUAUUACAGAUUAUUAUUAUUAUUAUUACUAGAGGUUUCUAUGGAGAUAAAUAUAUUUAGGGCAUUACAAGCAAAAUGUUAUAUACUAUCUGUUUGUAGUGGCAUAUGGGAAACAUAAGAUAUAGUGCACCCUCUGGUGUUUGAGCUUAGCCACGGAUCUCUGUUCUCAUGUUUGUUUUGUGUAGCGUCACUUUGUCUUCAGGAAUUUGUAAUGUCUGUGACAAAUAAAACGUUUUUUGAACCUCA